AUACAUUAUAUAAAAUAAACUGUGGUUGUAAUGAUAUGAAAAUAUAAUAAAUCAUAAAGACAUUAAAAUUAAAAAGUGCUUAGACUUCUAAAAAUUAUUAAAAAUUUGCAACAUUUUAAGCUAGAUAAUAAAAGGCACAAUUCAAAACUUAAGGAAGUUAAGCUAAUAUUCCCUUAACAUUUUCUUUAACUUUAUAAAGUUGAAAACUUUAUGCACAAACUACUACAUACACAUUUUUAUAAAUUUUACAAGAAUAAAGUGCAAUAAUUAAAUUUUUAAUUUAUAAGUGAAAUUAGUUAAAGUGUAAAAAAUACAAAUCAAUUUGUCUUUAUUCAUAUUUUUUUACUACAUAAUAUAAUAAUUAGGUAACAUUAUCCAAACAAACCUGAAUAAAUAUUUUAAGUUUAAUAAAUAAUUUAUAAUUAAAACAAUGUUAAAAAUACUGUACAGUCCAUCGUUUAUUUCUGAUUUUGGUUUAAACUGCUAAGCCAUACACAGAGACGAUGCAGUACAUAGUUUUGUUUUCCCAUCUAACUGUGCAACUACCAUCAGUUGAAUUAUCCCAGUAACAAGAACUAGCACUAUGAAGACCUGCUCCGUUUUUCUGCAUGAUGGUACAAGUAACUGGAAAAUCCACGAUUUAACAAAUGUAAUCUCAAUCCUAACCACAGUUAAAGAAAUAAAAAUAAAAAUAAUGAAAAUCUAUUUACCAAUAUAUUUAAAAGCUUUGUGCAACUUAGUAAGAUUCCCUAAGCAAGCUUCGACUACAUUUGUUGUCCAUUGGUUAACCUUAUUUUGUUGAUAAGUGUUUCCACCAAUAGAUGCCUCAAUUGCUUCUUUUAUGAUGUUACUAACUUCAUCCACAACAAAUUGUGUCUACAAAAUAUUUAAAUGAGCAAAAUCUAAUAACAAAUACCUUAGCCAACCAACAAUAUCAAUACAAACCUCUUCACCAACGUCAUCCAUUGCCAUGUUUUAUUAGAAACUAUCAUUCACUUCUAACAACUUUUCACAACAACCUUUCACUUCUAACAACUUAAAUAAAAAACAUUAUAUCUCCAUAUACAUAUGUUAGAACGAUUAAACGUUUCUCACAACUUGUGAUGGUAAACCUCCCACAAAUGCAACACUUUUCAUCGAUCGUGAUUGGUCCAUGACCUUGGCGGUUUAUUUGUAAAUUUGAAUAUUGAUUUAUUUUCAAAGGAGUAUAAUACUACUGUUUAUGUUAAUAAUAUGAUUAAUUUAUGUUUAUUUUUACAUAUAAACUUUAUACUUAAUGUAUAAACUUCCGAUCAUGUCUUUAUAUACAAGUGAAGAGUUUGGCAUUAUAAGAUAUAUAAGAUAAUUACAGUAUUUUAAAAACUCAAAUGACAUUGAGUAAUUUUAUUAACUCUGUAAUGGGUUAUUAUGGUUAAUUUAUACCUAUGAGUAGCAUCACCUGUAACCAAACCUAUGAUAAAAAUUAUAUUUCGAAAUUAUGACUUUAAUAUUUAUUGAAUAUGUAGAGUCAUAACUGAUGUGUGCUUUAUAAUUCAUAAUGUAUAUUUCAUAGUUCACAACCAUCCUCCAUUUAUACAUUUCCCCGUAACCAGAGUGAGGAAUCUGUGUUAGAGACUGUCAAUUUUUCUUAAGAAUGUGCCACUCGUCUUUUAUUCUGCCAAAGAAAAGAUUGGACAAGACAGGCCUACUUUCUCUUUUGAAAAUUAUUCGUCCUUUCUCUUGGUAUUAUUCUUGAUAUCCUUUCUUCAAUUCAAUUAUAGCACUUACAUUUUAUUCCAAUUAACCCAUUUUCAUUACGUGAGAAUGUCGUAGCCGAUCCUGCAGUCGAUGCCCUUCGCCAUUUGACUGAACAUUAAUUACGUUACACUCUUUUUAACAUCACAUUUCUGGUUAUGGUCUUCGGCUAAUGUCGUUUGUAUCUUAGGAGAUUCUAUAAGAUUAGGAUCAAUAUAACUUAAUUAUGUACUAGCUAUAACCAUCUUCAAUCAAUCCUGAAAACUCUUUUAGUCCUCGUGAUUUCUAUUUUGGUUAAAUUAUAAACAAAUAUAAGCCACUCCGUUUUAAACAAUCAGAUUGAUGUAAAUUCUUUCCAUCAUUAACCGAGAUGAUAAGAAAUUCGUUGUCUGCUUAUUGGUGUUUAAGGUCCCUAUGUACUCUAAUUAAAGCAGAUGGCAUAUCCUUUAGGUAAUCAACCUAUUUUAUCUAGAGUGGAAAGGUUGAUUCAUGUCAGUGCAACGGAUAAAUUUCAAUCCACCCAGGACAUAUUUGAACCAGCGCCGUAAAACUCGAGGUGGCUAAAGUGACUCAUAUCCCACUCUCAGCCAUCAAGACAGUAAUUGAAGUAUUUAGAUGUUAAUUUCUUGUAAUUAACCAGGCUUGUAUUAUGUUUGUUUUUUUCCAAACACCCCGACAAUGUUACCUUAACCUUUGAAUAAAAUUUUUACAUGAAACCCAUAAGCAAAAUGAAAGAUUGCACAUCUUGUACCCCACGUUUCUCUUAAGCAUUUUUCAGAUUACUGAUAUUAGAAAAUUAGUGAAGCAGCAUUUGCAAAACAUUUUAGUGGCUUAAAACUACCUGCUCAACAUAAGACACGAGUAUUCGAAGCGAGUUACAGAUUUACACAUUAUAUGAUUCACCAUUGAACUAGAAGGAUAAUUAAAGUAUCAAAUGAUUUGUUUAAUAAGAUUUGUCUUUGGUGUUUCCAGACGUACUUUUAUUACCAGUACACUGUAGUGGAUUUAUCUUUCUCUCUGACGUCAACAUCGACGUCGAACUUUAUCUUUUACAAAUCCUAUAAAACAAUUAAUUUUCAUAUAUCUUCGAACUCCUUAUCUUGCGUCCCUUCAUCCACUCCUUGAAAACCAGAACUCAACAAAUUGAUAUUUAUACUCCUUUGCAUAGAACUGCGUCCUUAGACAAAUUAUUUCUUCUUCCUUCCUGAAUGUUUUAGAAUUAUCUGCCUCUAUCUUGUCCUUAGGAAGUCAUGUUUUCAUAAUUCGAUUUUUUCAAUUUUAAAUGCACAAAGCUUUAAUUUCUCUGUAAUACAAUUUAUCUGUUUAUAAAUCUUAUUACGUUCUGGCCUCCUUUUCAAUAUACUUUAAUAUGAAGGUUUCCCAACAAUUGAUUCAUCUUAUUAACAACUGCUUUAUUUUGCCUGUCGCAUCUCUUUGUAAUGACUCGUAACCUUCUAGUUUACUAAUUGAAUAAUUUGACCGAUGUUUUAAAAAGUCAGUUCCUUUCAAUUUCUCUAUAUUUCCCAAUUACCAACAUCCUAAAUAUGGCAAUGGGACGAGUAAAAACGAAACUUGAAAAAGGUGGAGAAAUGGUGGCUUACAGUGAAUCGGCAUUACGAAACAAUGCUGCUAUUGUUGAAUAUUGUCGAACUUCUAUGGCUGCAAUAUCUGGAGGAACGGCUGGUCUUUUAGGUUUUACUGGGUUUUAUGGAUUUGGUUUCUAUGUGUUUGCUGUUUUAGGUUUAUGGGCAUUGCUGAUGAUGCAGGUUGGUUCUCAAUGGAAAAAAUAUUUUAUAAAUAGGCGUACUAUUCUGACCAAUGGCUUUUUUGGUGGUUUAUUUACAUAUAUACUCUUUUGGACAUUUAUUUACGGAAUGGUUCACGUUUACUGAUCAACUGUAGAAAUUAAAUGUUUUUUACUCUAUUAUGAAGUUUUUAAAACUGUAUCUACAUUGAUUUUGUUGUUUAUUAUUAUUUCUGUUUAAUUUAUAUUGUAAAAUAUAUUAAUUUUUUCUAUAUACAUUUCUCUUUUAAUUAGUCCUAUAUUCCCACUAUUUUUAUUGUUAAUUCAUUUGAUUUAAUUGAUUUGUAAAUAAUUUAUAAUUUUGUUUUCUUCUGGUGAUGCUCUAUAAUCAGUUUUGAACAUUUAAUAUUGAUUAUUA